GGAUGGUGACUCUAACACUUCUCUGGGCAGUCUGUGCCAGUGCCUCACCACUCCUGAGAAUAAAUUCUUCCUAAUAUCCAAUGUGAGCCUCCCCUGGCCCGACUUAAGGCCAUUCCCUCUUGUCCUAUUGGUGUCAUAUGGGAGAAGAGGCCGAUCCCCAUGUCGCUCCAACUUCCUUUCAGGGAGUUGUAGAGAUCAGUAAGGUCUCCCCUGAGCCUCCUCUUCUCCGGACUGAACAAUGCCAGUACUCUCAGCUGCUCCCCAUUUUGCUCCAGACCCUACACAACUCUGUUGCCCCUUUCUGGACACACUCCAGAGCCUCAAUGUCUUUCUCAUAGCGAGGGGCCUGUAGCCACCUCUGUCUCUUUGUUCAAAGGGGUUGCUCCCCAUGUGCAGUGAAAAUAGCUUGAAAACAUUUCUCCUAGUUUGUUUUAAGACGCUGGUACUUCACUUGCUCAACUACUGUUUUGAAACAUUAGGCUCUGAUGCAGAGUAUUUAGUGUAAUAGCAAGGAACAUGUCCUAAGGGCACAAAUUCUCAUGCAGGCUUGUCAGACUGCCCACCGCCUGUUCCUUCAGUCUGUGGAAAUAUUUGUAAAAGAUUUGGGUGAAUGCUUGCCAAGCCCAAUUAUGCAAUUAUGUUUUAAGGGCAAUUUUAUAAUUACAGUGGAGGAUGGUAACCAGGAUACGUGAGUUGUUGGGUUUUUGACUUUUCCUUUUUUAUUCCACAUGACUUUGCAUGAAUUCCAGUUAGAAACCAGUUGUUCAACUUUCUUGUAGGUAGUUGACUGUAGGUGAAGCUAAAUAAAGGCAAAUACAACACUGCUCAGGAAGGCCGGAGGGCAUGUUUUAUUUUAGUGAUUUAAAUGACAACUGUGUUCUUGGAGACCCAGAGCAGCCUGUAGAAAGAGUCCAGUCCAGAGGAGACUCGAGAUUAAUCAAUCUUCAGUCCUGCCUGGGCUUCUUGAAGGGAACCUCAAAACUAUGCAAAUUUUCUUGGAUAGCUCCCACUUCCAGUCAAUGGGGCUUCGCUUGCCAGGGCUGCUUCAGCAUGAGCAGUGCCAGGUGACCAUGGAACUCCAAGCAUGUGUGUGCGAGACCCUGUGAUGGCAGCUGCAGUUAGAGGUUUUGGCAUGAACCUCUCAGUUCUCUUUGAGACUAAGAAAAAUGGUCUGCCACUAAAUCCAUUAGGUACGUCUAGGUGAUAGUAGUAUAUGUAUCUGAUCCUUGAGUUGUGUGGGUGCUAACUUGGGAAAUGAGCUGUAGCUUAUUUGCUACAGUAAGGCUUAAGAAUUGAAUGCAUUAUGCAGGAUAACAUCCCUCCUGAGCUGGAUUUUUUCUUAGCAGCCCAAAACUGGGAUGAAUGAAGUUACAUAUUCUAAAAUAAACUCGUUAUUUCUGUCCAUUGGUAUCUUGGUGUAGUAGAAAUGCUAAGUCAUGGCCUGACCCAGUGAUUGAGCACCUGGUGGGAAGGCAGGGCCAAUCCAGGGGAGCUCAGGUUUGUGCAGUGCACCUGAGUGAUGGAAGGGGUGGAGCCAGGAUCCACCCCUUCCCAGAUCUCAUUUAAGGGUUGGCAGUGGAGGCAAGGGUCUCUUGCUGGUGAUCCCUGUGUACUUGAGGAUGUUACGGGCUUUCCAGAGGCAUGGUUCAGAAACUUGACCAGAAGCUGCCUGUAGCCAAUGAGUACCUGCUCCUUUCAGGCGGUGUGCGGGAAGGCGUGGUGGACAUUGAUCUUGAUGAGCUGAAUGUUUAUGCGCGAGGCACAGACUAUGACAUGGACUUCACCCUGCUGGUGCCUGCGCUGAAGCUGCAUGACCGCAACCAGCCGGUCACGCUGGACAUGCGCCACUCAGCUCUGUGCCACUCCUGGCUGAGCCUGCGGCUGUUUGACGAAGGAACCAUCAGCAAAUGGAAGGAUUGCUGCACCAUUGUGGACCAUAUCAACGGAGCUACCAAUUACUUCUUCUCUCCAACGAAAGUUGCAGACUGGUUCUAUGACUCCAUUAGCAUCGUCCUCUCUGAGAUCCAGAAGAAGCCUCAGCGAGGGAUGCCAAAGGUGGAGAAGGUAGAAAAGAAUGGGACGAUCAUAUCCAUUAUCUUGGGAGUGGGCAGCAGCCGAAUGCUGUAUGACAUUGUUCCUGUGGUGUCUUUCAAAGGCUGGCCAGCUGUGGCCCAGAGCUGGCUGAUGGAGAACCACUUCUGGGAUGGAAAGAUUACAGAAGAGGAAGUCAUAAGUGGAUUUUACUUAGUGCCUGCGUGUUCCUACAAGGGGAAGAAGGACAACGAAUGGAGGCUGUCAUUUGCCAGAAGUGAAGUUCAACUGAAAAAGUGCAUCUCCAGCAGCCUCAUGCAAGCCUAUCAGGCCUGCAAAGCUAUCAUCAUCAAAUUACUGUCCCGCCCCAAAGCUAUUAGUCCAUAUCACUUGCGGAGCAUGAUGCUGUGGGCUUGUGACAGGCUACCAGCCAGCUACUUGGCCCAGGAGGACUACGCCGCCCACUUCCUCUUGGGUCUCAUCGAUGAUCUCCAGCACUGCUUGGUCAACAAGAUGUGCCCUAACUACUUCAUCCCCCAGUGCAACAUGCUGGAGCACCUCUCUGAAGAAACCGUCAUGCUGCACGCCCGGAAGCUGUCCUCAGUCCGCUCAGACCCUGCUGAACACCUUCGAACUGCCAUCGAACAUGUGAAGGCAGCCAACCGGCUAACGCUAGAACUCCAACGGCGGGGCAGCACCACCAGCAUCCCCUCCCCACAGUCAGACGGAGGGGACACCAACCAGCCUGAUGACCGACUAGCCAAAAAGUUGCAACAGCUAGUGACUGAGAACCCAGGGAAGUCCAUCUCCGUCUUCAUUAACCCAGAUGAUGUCACAAGGCCUCACUUCAGAAUCGAUGAUAAAUUUUUCUGAGUUAUCGUCAAUGUUUUUGGGGAUUUUUUUCUUCCGUUUAAUUUUUUUAAAAUACUUAACAGCGUGCAGGUUUUUUCAGUUGGUUUUCCUUGAUGACUUAGUCUCUUGUUUUUUACAUAUCCAGCAUAGAUUGGAUCUGUUGAGAACAAUCUGAACAGGUGAUAAUUCCUGGUUCUGCAGGACGGUGCAGAUUUUGAAACAGUGUAUUACAAUUUCAUAUGCUGCUUUGAUUUUUUUUUGAGGCACCCAUCUGCAUUUGUGAGUAGUUUCUAAAGGAGAACAUAUACCAUAAACACACGUACCAGUGUUAGAAUUUUUUUUUUCAAGCUUCUAUAAUUUAUGUACACUCUUGGGCCCUCGGAAGGGAGAACUCACUUUCCGCUGUGUAGGAAAUUCACUUCUGAUUUUUUUUUCUCCAUGAGCUUCCAUCACCCUAAAGAAAUGAGAGAGACUUUGGGUUGGAAAGUGCUACUGGUAGUUCAGUGAGGCCAAAUCUAGUGGGCAGAAGCCCAGUUCAUCUGUUCUUCAUGCUUCUCCUACCUGGGGAGAAAGCUAAAUUUAGAGAUGUUGAUGCUUUUGGGGGGAAGAGCUGUUUCUGUUUUGAUCUACUUUUUGAAUGUAAUUGUUCAUAAUUGGACCUUGUACAGUGCAGAGGGUUGUUUCUGCUGCUUUUCCAUGCGGAAUAAGGUUAUGGAAUAUUAGUUUUAGUGCGUGUAAUUAUUCAAAGCCUUAUUUAAAUUCUAUUAAAGAACAUACCAUUUUAAAUGUUAAUUGCACUAAUGAAAUCUCUGCCAUUA